AUGACCAAGACCGUUCUCCUUCUCGAGAACCUCGCUCACGAGGAAGUCGCAGUGCAGGCUGCUCCAAUUGAGUUGGACGACGAGAGGCGCGAAGAACAAGAGAAAAAGGUGGGUGUUUCCAAAAGCAUAACUUGCAAGCCAUGUACCGAUUCGUCGUCUAGAGAUGCAGAAGAUGAGGAUUGGGAAGAGGAGUCCGAGCCAGAGGAGGAAAAGGAAUUAAAAGAGAUAGAAGUGGAAGUUGUGGAAGAAGACACCAGUGAACCAUCCGCGUCAAGGGAAGGGGGGACCGACCCGAAGGACGAGUGGCGGAAGCUGUUGAAGGCCCUGCAUGCAUGA